CCCUCCAUCCUCAUUCCCACAAGAACUCAUCAAUCUCUUGUGUCCUUCCCAAUUCUUAACCAAAUCGUAGUACCGUAACGCGAUACAAUCAGAGAGGAGUAAUUCUUUCCAAUAUUUACUUUGGUAAAUCAAAAAUGGGAAGAGUUGCGAUAAUGAUUUUCGGGUUCCUUCUGUACUUACUUCCAAACUUGGCAAUGGCUGAGCUGAGAGUCGGGUUCUACAAUUCGACAUGCCCUAGAGCUGAGGCCAUCAUCAGCGGAGUGGUUCAGAACAGGUUCAAAGCCGAUCGCUCUAUCACUGCCGCAUUUCUUCGCAUGCAUUUCCACGACUGUUUCGUUAGGGGUUGUGAUGCGUCCAUCCUCAUAGACUCCACCCCGAAGAAGCAAUCCGAGAAAUCCGCUGGCCCAAACCUAACUGUCCGGGGAUUUGAAAUUAUCGAUGAGGCCAAGAAAGCACUAGAGGCUGCAUGCCCUUCGACGGUCUCAUGUGCUGAUAUAAUCACCGUAGCCACCCGGGACUCGGUCUCCUUGGCUGGUGGACCAACAUAUGACAUCCCCACAGGUCGGCGAGAUGGCAUGGUUUCCACCCCAUCAGACGUGAACCUCCCGGGCCCAAGCUUCACUGUGCCGCAGGCACUUCAGGCCUUCAAAUCCAAGGGCUUCACACUCACCGAAAUGGUGGUCCUUCUCGGGGGCCACACUGUGGGAGUGGCACACUGCGGAUUCUUCCAAGACCGCCUCUCGAACUUCCAAGGCACCAGGUUGCCCGACCCGUCGAUGGACCCAGCUCUGGUCUCCCAGCUUAAUAAGACAUGUGGGUCGGGCACCGGCGGGGUGGACCCCACCGCUUUCCUGGAUCAGGGGACGUCAUUCAUAGUUGAUAAUCAGUUUUACAGCCAAGUGCUCAAGAAGAGAGGGAUUCUCCAAAUAGACCAGGAGCUCGGGUUGGACAAAUCAAGCACCGGGAUCGUGUCAAGGCUUGCAGCGGACAAUGCCGAGUUUCAGAGGAGCUUCGCGAGGGCAAUGGUAAAGAUGGGGAACGUCCAAGUUCUUACAGGAAAUGCCGGGGAAAUCAGGAAAAAUUGCCGCGUCUUCAAUAAUCAGCGGCAAUAGCAAGACGUGCACAUGCACCUGCAAUAUCAACAAUUAAAAAGCCCAAAGGGUCUGAUCCAUACCUAAUAACAUUUUCUCUUUCGAUUAUCAAACAUUUUUACUUGUUAAUUCUUUUUUAUUGCUUCAAUUUUCGUUUUUUUUAUAGUUCUAAUCGUGUAGGAGGCAAACGGGACUGCCUAAAAAGUUAUAAUCGUUAAUCUGCUAUCCAUUUGUAGACUCUUUUUAGUGUCAUAUCAAUGCUGUCUACUCUUUUAUGAUUUCUUUCUUCUUUUUUUUUUGGAUGAAUUAUCAAGGUUGUUUUCUCA